AGUAGUAGAUCCAUGCUCUGCUCUGCUUACGUCGCGGAUUCGCCUCCUCCUCGUCCUUAACAGUGGAGUGGACUAGAUCGAUCUCCGCCCUCGGAUUGGAUUCGCAACGCCGCACCAUCUCCUCAUCUCCGUGCCACCCUCCCUCCCGCCCUCCCUCCCUGCGCCUCGACCAAUCUGCUGCCAAGCCUUCAUCGGAGCAUCCUGCGCAUCCCAGGGCAUCAUCAGUUGAGCGGUGGAUUGAUUCCUGGACAGAAAAACCAACAACCCGUUGGUUGAUUCCCCCUUCGAGUUUAACUGCUUGUGAUGGUUCGCUUUUUCUGACAACGAUAAUCAGGUGAAACUUCUGAGUAUGGCCAUGGCGAUGACCUUGGAUGGCGGGAUUGUUCUGCCGGAGCCCGUAUUUGCCUGAACCUAAGAAACGCCAACGCUGUCAUGGAAUUAAGUUGUCUUUAUUUUCUCCUCGCCAUUGUUGUUGUGAGCUAUGCACUUUUUGGAGGAUUUUGAUCAGCUACAUGCAGAGCUUGAAUACACACUGUAGCCAUUCGUGUGCUGUUGUGGUGACUGAUCAAUCCUGUGUUUGCUCGGUGUGUUUUUAUUUUGUUUUUAUUUUGUGUUUCCCCCCUCCUGCUCAUAAUCUUUGAUAUCUCAAUUUCUUACAUUGGUUUUUAGGAUCACUAAGCAGCGAACAGCUGAAGUGCCUAUUGGAAUUCUAGAUCUGGGUUCUUAGGGUUUUGUGUGUCACGUGUGGAGAUCGCAUUUCCGUUCUAGGAGUGGAGUGGGCUGGGAUAGUAAGAUUGGGAAGUCGGAAAUUCUGAUGAUGUUUGCUGCGAAGGACUCGCAUUUCAGUGAAAGGGUGGAGAUUCAAGAGUUGUGUGCCAAGUCAGGAGGGGAAGAAUUCUCUGGGUAUUGCGAAGGAAUCAGUAUUGCAAAUUGACAGAUUCAAUGAAUUGCCGAUCUGCUGAGAAUGUGAUGCACAAGACAGGGCAAAUAACCUACUGCUUGACUUCACUGCAUGGAUUGAAGGACGCUUUUUAAGCCCAGGCCCCUAUCCGCUUUCUUCAUGAGCUCCUGUGCACUGCGUUAGGGUUUGCAAUCUAGUUCACGCCUCAAGGUAUUGUGGGUACGACGAAACCACAUCUUCUACAUUAUCCACGGCAAAAUGGCAGCUGUUCGGUGGAAGAAGAUAAGUUAUGUGGCCUCUGGAAUGGCAAAUUGUCGGAAAUGCUUGUUGGCAUCCAGCCCGAGAUCACCGAAAACCAGUAGGCUUUUAACUGCCUCUUCAUGCUCUUUCGGUAGCUCGUCGGUUCCUUCUACUGCUGCCCCUGCACAAUGUGAACAUGAAUAUUUUCGAUCUUUCAGCACGCUAUUACCAGUUGCUGGUUCUUUCGGAGGUGUUGAUAACAAUUCCAAAAUGCUUCACAUUGCAUUUGAACGAGGGAAGAUUCAAGAAGCCAAGUUUCAUGUGGGAGGGUUGCGAGCACAGAAACGCACGAGAUCCAAGGGUUUCCAAGCCCAUGCUAUAUGCGCGCGCUGCCGCACCCCAUUAGCUGCCUCUGUGGCAUCAACUCACCCUACGCCUGACUUUGUGAUGACUUGCUCCAGUUGUGGCAGCACCGAAUCUCUUGUGAUCAUUCAAUCGGAAGGGACAGCUGACGAGACCUCUGCCAGCGCACAAGGCAAGGGCACUGGUAAUGGUUCCAGAAAUCCGAUCUCCUCACUCUCGAUUGUAGACGAUGCCCAAUUCCGUGAAACCGUUCAACGCAUCUCUCAAUGGCAAGCUGCCCGAAGAGGAGGAUAUAGUGAUGUUCCUCAGCAUUGGCAUCAAGGUGCAGGUUCGGCGUCACCUCCUAUGGGUGGUGUUGUGCAAGUAGCUCCUGGUCCUACAUGUCCUCCCAACACCAACCUCGUCCGAGUGCACGCUGCAACAGGAGGCUCAGGGGGAUCCGGGGGUUCUGGUUCGAGGGACUCCUGGGGUGGAUCUUUUCUUGGGAAGGACCUUCCCACUCCAAGAGAAAUUUGUCAAGCUUUGGACAAGUUUGUUGUGGGACAGGAGCGGGCUAAAAAGAUACUGUCCGUGGCGGUCUACAAUCACUACAAACGUAUCUACCAUGAAUCUGUGCAGAAAGGCAGUGUGAAGCUUACAAAUGAGGGGUUCAGUAUGUCUGGCGUCGAAGGUGAAGAAGACGAUGUUGUAGAAUUGGAGAAGAGUAAUGUUCUUCUCAUGGGUCCUACUGGAUCUGGGAAAACCCUCCUUGCCAAAACCUUGGCCAGAUUCGUUAAUGUACCUUUUAUCAUUGCUGAUGCUACAACGCUUACCCAGGCAGGAUAUGUUGGAGAGGAUGUUGAGUCUAUUCUUUACAAACUCUUGAUGGCAGCUGAAUUCAAUGUUCCAGCUGCUCAGCAGGGUAUCGUGUACAUUGAUGAAGUGGACAAAAUUACUAAAAAGGCAGAGAGUGUGAGCAUUAGCCGAGACGUAUCUGGUGAAGGCGUUCAGCAGGCGCUAUUAAAGAUGCUGGAAGGGACUAUUGUUAAUGUUCCAGAGAAAGGAGCACGGAAACAUCCAAGGGGGGAUCAUAUCCAGAUUGAUACCAAGGAUAUUCUUUUCAUAUGUGGAGGUGCUUUUAUCGAACUUGCGAAAACUGUUGCAGAGCGGAAACAAGAUUCGUCAAUUGGAUUUGGAUCACCUGUUCGUGCCAGUAUGAGGGGGAACAAGCUAACCGACUCUGCCAUUACUUCUUCUUUGCUAGAAAUGGUGGAGAGCAGCGAUUUGAUCUCCUAUGGUUUGAUUCCUGAGUUCAUCGGACGGUUUCCCGUUCUAGUUAGUCUUUCUGCACUUAACGAAGACCAGCUGGUUCAGGUCCUCACAGAACCUCGGAAUGCUCUUGGCAAACAGUACAAGAAGAUGUUUUCCAUGAAUAAUGUAAAACUCCAUUACACUGAUGGAGCUUUGCGAAGAAUUGCUCAGAAGGCUAUUGUGAAAAAUACUGGUGCUCGUGGACUGAGAUCCAUAAUGGAAACACUCCUUACUGAAGCAAUGUACCAGGUACCGGAUACUAUCUUGAAUAGAGACGAGCAUGUAGAUGCUGUAGUACUGGAUGAGGAGGCUGUAGGAGCACCUGAUGGAAAUGGAGAACGUGCAAAAAUUUUGCGUGGCAAGGGUGCAUUAGAUUUCUUUUUAGGAAAUCAGAAAAGAUCAAACAAGGUAAGGAGCGUCGCAGGCUUUGAUGGCCGGCGCCCCUCCAUGAUAGUAAGCCUCAAGAAUUUAUUACAACUAUCAAAACCUCGCGACGACUUAUCUGAAACUGUUCCUUGGUCUCACAUUGAAAUCUGUUCACUACGUCGACUUUCCAGAUAUGAUGACUAUGGCACGCUUAGAUUUUUGUGUGCAAUUAUGACAUGUGUGCAAUUAGGAUGCUAGGAUAUAGGAUUCUAGAAUCUGACCAAGGAUGGCAGUUGUCGAUUUCUCACUCUAGGCUUAACCUUGGCUUUUCUGUCUAUAAUUGCAGCAAAGUAGACCCCAAAUGACUUCAAAAGAAGAGGUUGAGGGUGAAACGCAUUCGGAAGUGUCUCCAAGGGCGGUAAACUCGUAAAGUAGUGUUGGGAAUUGUACAGGUUUGGGUGGGUAUUAUUUGAAUAAGGUGUGCAAUAUACUUGACUAUUGAGGUUACAAUUCCAAAACUGUCAGUACCAGAUUAAUGCAAGUUUUUUCAUCCUUAGAAACAGAGGUAUGAUGAGUAUUUGGCAGGAUUAAUCUGGGCCUGAAAUAUAUGUGUCACUAUUCUUUGGGUA